GUUUGCGUACACGACCGAGAGAAAAAUAAUCACACCUCGCCAUCGCACAUGCCACGGCAAUCCACAAGCACAAGCCAAGCGCCGGAGCUCUAUAUAAGGAGCCGGCGAGCAGGCGAAGGCCACCAUCCAGAUCGAAUCAUCGAUACACAAUCACAGCCUCAUCAUCAGCCACAAGGGAUCUCGUUUGGUUGAGUGAUUGAUCGAUCGACCCCUCGCCGCCGGUGACCAUGAUGGGGGAGGCGCUCAUCUCGCCGGAGCUGCGCGACGUGUUGGCCAAGGUGGCGGUGUUCCUGCUCGUGCAGGGGCUGGUGUACCUCAUCCUCACCAACUCCUCCGACGUCUUCUCCAAGAGCAAGAGGCUCCGGUCCCUCAGCUUCCGGCCCAUGCGGUCCAUGAGCGUGCGCCGCGUCCUGGCGCCGCUCUCCGACGUCCCCGUCGGCACCGACGACGACUCGCCCUCGCCCUCGCCUUCGCUGUUUUCGUCUUCUUCGUGGUCGUCGCGCCGCUGGGUAGCCGCAAAGAGGAUUGAGCAGCUUGGAGUCAGAGCGGUUGCUUAGUUCUGACGCCAGAUGGGUAGCUACUAGUACUAGCGAACAUGGUAAUUCUGAACUGUCCAGGGUUUGUUAUCGUGGUUUGACCGUUUGAGAUUUGAGAAUGGUAUUUGUUUAACUCUCAUGUAAAUCAGAUUAGCUGUGGCCUUGUAGAUAUGUUCAUUGAUUUGAAUCGGGAUGAUGAAUUAUUUGAUUCUUUACA